AUGAACAACGCCUUUCUCCACGGCCACCUCGAUGAGGAAGUGUACAUGACUCCUCCAGAUGGUUACACAUUGGCUGCCCCAAGCCAAGUUUGCCGCCUGACUCUUUAUGUUGAUGAUAUUUUGUUAACAGGAAAUUCGGCAGAGGAGGUAGCUGCUCUUAAGGACUAUCUCCACACUCUUUUCACCAUUAAGGACCUCGACUUCGCUAAAUAUUUUCUAGGCCUCGAGUUGGCUCGCUCCACGCAUGGUCUUCUUGUCACUCAGCAGAGAUACUUGUCUGAUAUUCUUGCUGAUGUUUGCAUGACGGAUGCCAAAGCUACCUCCACACCUCUUCCCCCGGGACACAAGUUCUCUGCUGAUGUUGGUUCUUUGUUGGCUGAUCCUGCUGCUUAUCGAUGUUUGGUCGGUCGUCUUCUUUACCUCGAUUUUACUCGACCGGAUAUCUCCUUCGCCGUACAACAAUUGUCUCAAUUCCUUCAACACCCGCGGUCCUCUCACUGGGAUGCAGCCUUGUACGUCUUGCGUUAUCUCAAGGGGACUUCCUCUUUGGGGCUGUUUUUCUCCUCCAGCAACUCACUUCAGCCUUCCGUUUUUACUGAUGCCUCUUGGGCCUCUUGCUCCGAUUCUUGUCGCUCUGUCACCGGCUUUUGCGUCUUUUUGGGCUCCUCUCUCGUCUCUUGGAAGACAAAAAAACAAGCCACGGUAUCCCGAUCCUCUGCCGAGGCUGAGUAUCGGAGCAUGGGCUCUGCCGUUUGUGAGCUUCUUUGGCUAUCGUAUCUUCUUCGCGCCUUUCAGGUCUCAUAUCGCACCCCUGUCUCUUUUUGGUGUGACAAUCAGGCUGUCAUACACAUCACUGAGAACCCGGUGUUUCACGAGCGUACCAAACAACUCGACAUCGACUGCCAUCUUGUUCGUGAGCAAUUCAAGCUGGGUCUCAUCUUGCCGUCGCAUAUUCCUGGGCGUGAUCAGCUUGCAGAUUUGUUCACCAAGUCUCCUUCUGUUUCUGACUUUUCUCGACUCUUCGUCAAGCUGGGCUUGGCUCCCCAAGCUCCAUCUUGA